ACACAACAAACGCAGCCCUCCAAAAAUUCUCUCUAACUGAAAAAAAUAAAAUAAAGACAAACACUGAGGAGUCGUUUGGUACGUGCUUACGAGGUAAGUUAUUCUUUUGUGGGAAUGAAUGGAAUUGAAGGUGAAGGUGGAAGUGUGAAAAUGGAGAUAGUAGAGAAGGAAAAGAAAGUGUAUAUGUGGGGUUAUUUACCAGGAGCUAUGCCACAAAGGUCACCUUUGUUGUCUCCAAUUGUUGUUAGAGUUCCACAACAGGGCAUUAUUGCAGGAAAUUACUCAUGGAAAGAUGUGUGUGGUGGUGGAUGUGGAUUUGCUAUGGCUAUUUCAGAUUCUGGGAAGCUCAUUACAUGGGGUUCAACGGAUGAUUUAGGACAAUGCUAUGUGACAUCAGGGAAACAUGGGGAAAUUCCGGAGCCUUUUCCCCUUCCAGAUGAAAUUUCAAUAGUAAAGGCCGCAGCGGGUUGGGCACAUUGUGUUGCUGUUACAGAAACUGGAGAAGUUUAUACAUGGGGUUGGAAGGAAUGCAUUCCUUCUGGAAAGUUUCUUGGGGAGCCAGCAGCAGACAAGGAGGUAAGCGACGGGCAGAGUUCAUUCCCCGGACAGCAAGUAAGCCCUCACCCCCAGGGAUCGAGAUCCACGGUUGGAGCAGCAUCUAGUGUAGAGACUAGAGGGGGAGAGGAUGGUGGAAAACGCAGACGGGUAUCGUCAGCUAAGCAACAAGCUGAAAGCUCAUCCUCAGGCGAUGAAGGUCUCUCAGCAUUGCCAUGUUUAGUUGGACUGAAUCCAGGGGUGCGGAUUGUCAGUGUAGCAGCUGGUGGGCGGCAUACACUGGCAUUAUCAGAUAUAGGACAAGUGUGGGGUUGGGGCUAUGGAGGGGAAGGACAGCUUGGUCUAGGCUCCAGGGUUCGAAUGGUGUCCUCCCCACAUCCUGUGCCGUGCAUUGAUUCUUCAUCUUCGCGAAAGGACAGAGCUAUGGGCCUUUCUCAUGGAUGUCCAGGAUCAGACGGACAAGGCCUUAGAGUUCCUGGGAAUUAUGUCAAGAGAAUUGCCUGUGGGGGACGACACAGUGCAGUAAUUACAGAUGCUGGAGCACUGUUAACUUUCGGUUGGGGAUUGUAUGGACAGUGUGGUCAAGGGAGUACAGAUGAUGAGCUAAGUCCGAUGUGUGUAUCUUCAUUACUUGGCAUCGGAAUAGAAAGUGUAGCAGCAGGGCUCUGGCACACUGUUUGUGUUUCUGCUGAUGGUGAUGUAUAUGCAUUUGGAGGGAAUCAAUUUGGGCAGUUAGGCACUGGGGCUGAGCAGGCCGAGACACUACCUCGGCUUCUGGAAGCUCCAAGUUUGGAAAACAUUCAUGUGAAAGUUGUAUCUUGUGGAGCACGACAUACUGCCAUAUUCACAGGUGACAGCAAAGUGUUUUGCUGGGGAUGGAACAAGUAUGGUCAGCUUGGACUGGGCGAUGUGAUUGACCGGAAUAUUCCAUCCCAGGUCUCAAUCGAUGGUCAUGUACCGACAAAUGUAGCUUGUGGGUGGUGGCACACACUUCUACUAGCUGAAUCACCUACUUGAACUACCUACUCAUCUUAUUGAUGUCAAUUCAAAGUUUUGUUAGGUUAGGUGCCUGUAGUUCUCUAUUUCGUGACCCUCAUUAUGGUAUAUGCAUGUGGUACAUAUAGUAGUUUGCAUGCAUAUAUACAUAUUAGCAUGGAGUCGAUUCUUUAAUUACAAGAAUAAGUCAUCAUCUUCCUACCAAGGCAGCAACAUGCGAAGAAAGAGACAACGUCGUCUAUCAUGUAACUUAGUCUACAGUGUAAAUCCUCUUUGCGACUGGAUUUUCUGAUGUAUCAAAGGUGCUUUGUAUGGUUAGAGAAGUCACUAUGAUGUCUGAUGUUUGGAUUUUGUGCAUUGAUAAUGGUGCUUUUAAAUUUGAUAGGCAAGUUUGUGUUAGUUUCUUCU